GCAGGCCAGAGCGCAUGCGCCAGGGGAAGGAAACGCUCGCGCCGUCCUCAUGACGCGGUGGCAAACAGACAGCUGAGGAGCUCAGUUUCUGGGUCAAAAUGGCCGUGGAGAAGCGCCUGGCGUUCGCUAUUGUGCAGUUUCUACGAGACCAAACUCAUCGCAGUGCUUUAAAUUCUGAUGAGCAAGAGAGCCUGGAGGUUGCGAUCCAGUGCUUGGAGACUACCUUCAAGAUCAGCUCCAGUGACUGCCACCUCGCUGUAUCCCAGCCACUCAGAGAGAUAUUCCUCAACACCUUGCUCAAGAACGACAAUCUCACCGUACCAGAGACGUCCCCGUCUCCUGAAGACAUAGAAGGGGCGGAGCAACUUAAAAAUGAAGGGAACAAUCAUAUGAAGGAGGAAAACUACAGAUGUGCAGUUGAAUGCUACACAAAGGCCAUAGAUCUGGACCUAAGAAACGCUGUGUAUUACUGCAACAGAGCUGCUGCUCACAGUAAACUGGGUAAUUAUACUGAGGCGACUGGAGACUGUGAAAGAGCCAUUGGGAUUGAUCCAACCUACAGCAAAGCAUAUGGGAGGAUGGGUUUGGCUUUAACUGCAAUAAAUAAGUAUCCAGAGGCAAUUUCAUACUUCAAGAAAGCCCUGGUUCUAGACCCGGAGAAUGACACAUAUAAAUCCAACUUAAAGAUCGCAGAGCAGAAGCAUAAAGAAGCUUCCAGCCCAAUUGCUGCUGGAUUGGGAUUUGACAUGGCAAGUUUAAUCAACAACCCAGCCUUCAUCAGCAUGGCCGCGAGCGUCAUGCAGAACCAACAAGUCCAGCAGCUCAUGUCGGGAAUGAUGUCGAAUGCAGUUAGAGGUCCUGCCGCGGGAGUGGGAGGACUGUCUGACAUCUCCAGCUUGAUUGAGGCGGGCCAGCAGUUCGCCCAGCAAAUCCAGCAGCAGAACCCAGAGCUCAUCGAACAGCUAAGGAACCACAUCCGGAGCCGUUCCUUCAGCGGCAGCGCCGAGGAGCACUCAUGAUUUAUUCGGGUAUUCUACCACUUAAAAGCGAAACUCUCUUAGCAGCAGACCGUGCACUCAUCCAGGUCUCAUUUAUACAGCCGUAACAGCCGGGUAAUUUCAUUGCAGACACUCUUUAUUUGCCUCCGAGGAAGAGCAACCAUAUGGCGCGAUAACAAUCUCUACACCCAUUUCUUUGAGUCAAGUCCCCGGCACAGCUGGAAAGAAGAGACGAGGAUGGGGUCGAAGGCACUUUACCGAGACUAUAGGAGAGGAAAAAAGAAAAGAAAAAAAAACCUGAAGACUGGACCAUUAAACAAAACAUCCCACCAAACAAGACACCACCAGGUGAUAAAACAGGAGCCUAGAUGUCAGUCAGUCCACCAACAGACUGUGAAGUGAAUAUUGUCUCCAGUCGGAGUCACCGUGUUGGAUGUGGCGAAGUCACUGACUUCUUCAUAAGUCGAGGAUUCAUCUCUCUAUUCAUAAUACAGAAAGAGUGGAGGAGGAAUGUACUUAAACCGCUUAGCAGAGAAAAUUGCAGCUUUUUUUCAUAAAUACUACAUCAAGCUUUGGUUGUUUAUAAUGUUUAAUAUUAUUUUUAUAGUCAGAAUCAACUUUUAACACCAUACUCGCUUUGUUUGAAUAACUAUAAUAAUAAAAACAUUCAGCCUUUGAAUAUUAUGGGACUCACGUCACUGCUAUCUAAUGCAUACACUUCAUCGUUAAGGCAACAAUGUAAUUGUAUUAGCAGUGUUUGCAGCCUGUUCAGUUGGUGACCAACAACAUAUUCCUACUGUUCGUUUCUGCAUGCUCUUAAAUCUGGUAUUUGAGAUCAGAAGCUUUAUGGAAACUAAUGUAUCACUAAGGCAGCACUUUGUUUUGUCUUAGGGGGAAAAAGAAAUAAAUGUCUUAAAAGUAA